UUUUUGAGGGCAGUUCUGAUUACAGCAGUAAGCAACGAGUUGGUUGAUGCGCUGAAGAACGAGAUCACAGCCGAAAUGCAACUUGAGAAGGAGAAUUUGCGUGGUGAAGCUGCGCCAAAGAUUUCCGGUUUCGAAGUUACAACUGAUGGCGCUAACGUACAACUAGCAAAAACACACGGAAACGAAAAAAUUAACGUAUAUUUCAAUGUGAAUCAUGCAGUGGAUAUGGAAGGAGAUGAAGAUGAGGAUGAAGGCGUUCCACUAGCACUCCCAUCACUUACGUUGGAAAUUGUUAAGGGAAAGCAACGACUUUGUUUCUACUUGGAUCUCUGCGAAAACGAGGAAGCAACGGAGCCAAAUCAGCGAUUUGAUUUCCGUGUAGCCGAGUUUUACAUCGCUCCGGCACCAGAGAAGGGAGGCGAUGAUGAUGUCCCUGAUUCGGUGUACUCUUCAUCCGGCAAAUACAUUGAUCCCGUAUGUUUAAUGUUUUUGCUUUUAAACAGAUUUUGCAUUUAA